CAGUGUCUCCUUCUGUUCCAGCUGCUGGAGGAGAACAUCGUCACCUUUGUGAAGAACAAGCUGAAGAGAGUCCAGAGGGUUCUGAGUCCAGAUUACCCAGAAUGCUUAGAGAGUCAGAGUGAGGAUGAAGAGCAGGGUAGAAGCUGUAAAGAGGAUUUUUUGAAGAUCACUCUCCACUUCCUGAGGAGAAUGAAGCAGGAGGAGCUGGCUGCCCGUCUGCAGAGCAGAACGUUUGGUGCAGUAUGCCAACAAAAACUGAAAUCUAACCUGAAGGAGAAGUUCCAGUGUGUGUUUGAGGGGAUUGCUAAAGCAGGAAACCCAACCCUUCUGAACCAGAUCUACACAGAGCUCUACAUCACAGAGGGAGGGACUGGAGAGGUCAAUGAUGAACACGAGGUCAGACAGAUUGAAACAGCAUCCAGGAAACCAGACAGACCAGAAACAACCAUCAGACAAGAAGACAUCUUUAAAGCCUCACCUGGAAGAGAUGAACCAAUCAGAAGAGUGAUGACAAAGGGAGUGGCUGGCAUCGGGAAAACAGUCUUAACACAGAAGUUCACUCUGGACUGGGCUGAAGACAAAGCCAACCAGGACAUACAGUUCACAUUUCCAUUAACUUUUAGAGAGCUGAAUGUGCUGAAAGAGAAAAAGUUCAGCUUGGUGGAACUUGUUCAUCACUUCUUUCCUGAAACCAAAGAAGCAGGAAUCUGCAGGUUUGAAGAGUUCCAGGUUGUGUUCAUCUUUGACGGUCUGGAUGAGUGUCGACUUCCUCUGGACUUUAAAAACAACCAGACCCUGACUGAUGUCACAGAGUCCACCUCAGUGGAUGUGCUGCUGACAAACCUCAUCAGGGGGAAACUGCUUCCCUCUGCUCGCCUCUGGAUAACCACACGACCUGCAGCAGCCAAUCAGAUCCCUCCUGAGUGUGUUGACAUGGUGACAGAGGUCAGAGGGUUCACUGACCCACAGAAGGAAGACUACUUCAGGAAGAGAUUCAGAGAUGAGGAGCAGGCCAACAGAAUCAUCUCCCACAUCAAGACAUCCAGAAGCCUCCACAUCAUGUGCCACAUCCCAGUCUUCUGCUGGAUCACUGCUACAGUUCUGGAGGAUGUGCUGAAGACCAGAGAGGGAGGAGAGCUGCCCAAGACCCUGACUGAGAUGUACAUCCACUUCCUGGUGGUUCAGUCCAAACUGAAGAACAUCAAGUAUGAUGGAGGAGCUGAGACAGACCCACACUGGAGUCCAGAGAGCAGGAAGAUGAUUGAGUCUCUGGGAAAACUGGCUUUUGAACAGCUGCAGAAAGGAAACCUGAUCUUCUAUGACUCAGACCUGACAGAGUGUGGCAUCGAUAUCAGAGCAGCCUCAGUGUACUCAGGAGUGUUCACACAGAUCUUUAAAGAGGAGAGAGGACUAUACCAGGACAAGGUGUUCUGCUUCAUCCAUCUGAGUGUUCAGGAGUUUCUGGCUGCUCUUCAUGUCCAUCUGACCUUCAUCAACUCUGGAGUCAAUCUGAUGUCAGAAGAACAAACAACAUCCAGGUCUGAAGUAUCAAGAGAAAAACCUGACCCAACACUUUUCUAUCUGAGUGCCGUGGACCAGGCCUUAAAGAGUUCAAAUGGACACCUGGACUUGUUCCUCCGCUUCCUCCUCGGUCUUUCUCUAGAGACCAAUCAGAAUCACAUACAAGGUCUGCUGACACACACAGGAAGUGGCUCACAGACCAAUCAGAAAACAGUCGAGUACAUCAAGAAGAAGAUCAGUGAGGAUCUGUCUGCAGAGAAAAGCAUCAAUCUGUUCCACUGUCUGAAUGAACUGAAUGAUCGUUCUCUAGUGGAGGAGAUCCAACAGUCCCUGAGAUCAGGACGUCUCUCCACAGAUAAACUGUCUCCUGCUCAGUGGUCAGCUCUGGUCUUCAUCUUACUGUCAUCAGAAAAAGAUCUGGACGUGUUUGACCUGAAGAAAUACUCUGCUUCAGAGGAGGCUCUUCUGAGGCUGCUGCCUGUGAUCAAAGCUUCAAACAAAGCUCUGCUGAGUGUCUGUAACCUCUCAGAGAGAAGCUGUGAAGCUCUGUCCUCAGUCCUCAGCUCCCAGUCCUCUAGUCUGAGAGAGCUGGACCUGAGCAACAACAACCUGCAGGAUUCAGGAGUGAAGCUGCUGUGUAGUGGUUUAGAGACCCUGCACUGUACACUGGAAACUCUCAGGCUGAGUGGCUGUAACUUCUCAGAGAGAAGCUGUGAAGCUCUGUCCUCAGUCCUCAGCUCCCAGUCCUCUACUCUGAGAGAGCUGGACCUGAGCAACAGCAACCUGCAGGAUUCAGGAGUGAAGCUGCUGUCCUCUGGAUUAAAGAGUCCUCUCUGUAGACUGGACACUCUCAGGUUAGUGUGCAGCUCUAAGAUCAUGUUUUCUCAGGUCACACUGGCAAUCUGUACCAUGCCGUACCUAAGCAUGAUUGGCCCCCUCACUGCGCCAUUCACACGCUGGCCGGCACGGCCCGCGGUCACACUACACAGGACUAUCUUUCACAAUGGUUGUCUGAUCACAGAAGAAGGUUGUGCGUCUCUGGCCUCAGCUCUAAGCUCCUCCUCCCACCUGAGAGAGCUGGACCUGAGCUACAAUCAUCCAGGAGAACGAGGAGAGAAGCUGCUGGCUGCUGGACUGGAGGAUCCACACUGCAGACUGGAGACACUGAGGUUGGACCAUGGUGGACUGCACAGACUGAAACCUGGUCCGAGGAAGUACGCCUGUGAGCUGGAACUGGACACAAACACAGUGAGCAGAGACCUGAAACUGUCUGACAACAACAGGAAGGUGACACAUGUGGAGGAGCUUCAGUCAUAUCCUGAUCAUCCAGACAGAUUUGACAUCUGGCCUCAGCUGCUGUGUAGGACUGGUCUGACUGGUCGCUGUUACUGGGAGGUCGAGUGGAGAGGAGAUGUUUCUGUAUCAGUGAGUUACAGAGGAAUCAGAAGGAGAGGAAACAGUGAUGAAUGUUUGUUUGGAUUUAAUGAUCAGUCCUGGAGUCUGUUCUGCUCUGAUGGAGGUUACUCUGUCUGGCACAAUGACAGAAGAACAAACAUCUCCUCCUCCUUCUCCUCCUACUUCUCCUCCUCCUCUGUCUCUCACAGAGUAGCAGUGUAUGUGGACUGUCCUGCUAGCUCUCUGUCCUUCUACAGAGUCUCCUCUGACACACUGAUCCACCUCCACACCUUCAACACCACAUUCACUGAACCUCUCUAUCCUGGGUUUAGGAUCAGGUCUCGUGGUUCUUCAGUGUCUCUGUGUCAUUUGUCAGUCUGAGAAACUCUGCUGACUGAAGAUCAGCUGACUCUGUUCACUCUGUUUCAAACUAAAGAAUUAUUCUGAUUUCAUCACUUUGAUUUGAAAUAUUUAAUCACGCUCUUCUUUCAACACCAGUUACACAUAUAAUCAACUUAUCCAUCAGAACUAAUAAUUCCCACUGGAAUUGAAAACAGCAAUUAUAACCCCAAUUCCUAAAGCUGGAGACCCUGACCGGAUCUUUAACUACAGACCAAUUUCAAUCUUACUCACAUUCUCAAAGGUUCUUGAAAAAACUGUUGCCAAACAACUUACAGAAUACCUUGAAAGUAGUAACCUUCUGCACCUCAAACAUUUUGGUUUUAGUAAUCAUCUCAUCUUAAACUAUGAUAAAUCUGUCUGUGUUUUCUCAAUAAAAGUAUAGAAAGAGACAAAAGAGGUUCAUGAGUUAAAAUGUUUAGGUAUUAUUUUAGAUUCUCAGUUGAAGUUUCACAAACUGGAACAAGUUAUGAAACUGUCAAAAGAAAUGUAAACUGUUUUUGUUUAGUCAGAAACAUAGACCGCUUAAAGCAGCACAGCAGUUUAUGCAUGCCAUGAUUUUUGCUCAUUUAUUUAAACUGUAUGACUGUUUGGGGACAGGCCAACCAAACAACCAUUACACCUAUCAGGUCAUUAUAUAAACAUGCUCUGAAAGUAAAGGAUCAGAAAUCAGUCAGAAGGCACCGUCACAUCGCUCUAAACAAACACAACAUACUGAGUUUUGACAGUUUUGUAAACUUUUCUUUUUUAAAUCUGAUUUUUAAAUGUGAAAACGUCUUUGCUCCAGAAACUGUCGGCUUGUAAACAAACCGAACACCGAAACACAGAACUACAUUUGGUCAGUCAUCUUUUUCAGUAAGGGGAACACACCCGAGUUACACAUUAUCAUCUGAAAUUUAAAAGAACUGACAGAGCUCAAGGUUUUUAAGACACAAGUAAAACAGAGGCUGAAACUGAUGCAAGUUUGUGAGCAUUGAACGUUUCCUCUUAGAAUAAUCGUUUUACUGUUUGGUCUCAUUUAGUCUCUUGUUUGUAUUGUGCUUAUAAUGUUUCUUUAUUUGUAUAGCAUCACAGCUUCUGUAAUUCUGUUUUAAUCCUUAAAGCCGAGACAGGGACAGGAGUAGCAAUUAGCCACGGACAGAAACUUGUAUGCAUGGCGUCUACUUUGUAUUUAACAUGUGCACCAAUGUUUACUGCAUGUGUUAAAUAUAAAUAAAUGUAACCUGCAAUCCUCAGUGAUAUGUAACAUCUUAAAGAAUAAACACUUCUUUUAUAUUUGAAUGAUA